GACUGCAGUGUUCACAACACAAUGCCUGCCGUCGAAGGCACACAUUCCUCCAAAUUUGUUCUGUUUGUGCGGAGUAAAUUUUAAAACUGUAACGUCUGUGAUUAACUCUAAGUGUUUCCUUAACCGAUUCUAAUACUCAAAUAUUUUUUUAAAUUGACUAUAAAAAUGUAAAAAGGUCGCGUAGUGUAUUCUUGUACGCACGGAGAAGGAAAGAUAUGUGUUGGGUGAAAAAAUGGAUCCAAAGGUCAUUGGAUUUAGAUACAAGCUCAUAGCUGCUGAGUUGCAGAGGACAUCCUUGGUGUGAGCUGGCCCCAGCCGCUCGCGCUAGCUUGUGGACGCAAAUGUUGGGGUCCAAUCUCCAAAUUGCCCUUAGAUUGCGACCAUGGAUCAAGAGGAAAUCCCACAAACUUGGCAACAAAAAUUACUAUUUUAUACUACAGCUUUCUUCGUGCUGCUUGGUAUUUUUAGCUUGUUUUCGUUUUUAUUCCUUGUGCCUUUUGUCAUCGACCCGGCUUUUACAACGAUUUUCAUGGAGUUUGACGAAGAACCCGCUUAUUGUGUGACCGUAAGAACCGAUAGACGCUUAGGUGCAUCAAAUUGUAGUUGGACGUCUUGUAGAGAAGGUUGCACCAAAGAUAUUUAUACCUGCACACAAAUUUUUGUAAAUUAUAAAGCUACAAUCCGUUCCAACAUAUCGGUGUCGUCAACUGUACAGCCAAUGAGUCAACGUGAAACAAGAGCUAUCGUAGAAGAAUAUAAUUACGAUGAUGAAUCGACGGGUACAGAGGAUGAUCUCGGUUGGUCCUUCCAGGAAGCGAGACUUUUUCCUAACGUAAAGGGUUGUGGUUAUCCCCCAAUGCUCAACUGUUCAAUUUUUUUAAAAGCCUACCAAGAAAUUGGAUCCAAUUUUUCGUGCUACUAUAGUAGAGUAGAUCCCAAUUUGGUGAUUAGCCACCUGGACAUGUGGCAAGUUUAUAUGAACUUGGUGUAUGCCAUGGCAAUACCUAUUCCAUCAUUUAUUAUAUCUGUAGUGUAUCUGGCUAUAGCUUAUUUCAAAAUUUAUAAUGAAGACGAGGAAGAGGUCCCUUUAAAGAAAAAUGCUGAAGAUAUUGAUAUGGAAGGAGAAAGCGGGCCAGAUGGAACACUAAUACCCUCAGCUAGUGGGGGCUUAACACCAGCAAGCGAAGCCUUUAGGGAAGACUUAGCCAGUUUCGGACACCACCUUAAAGUUGCUAUGGUAGAUGAUAUAAGUCGAGAAAAUUUAGCAGAUGGGGUCAUCAAUUCAGUUUCAGUUGGAGGAAACAUUGGAAAGACAAUGACAACAAGCAUUUCUACCACAGGAGGUCCCGUUGCUGAUAUAUAAGAAUAUGAGCCAUAAACCACAUCUUGACUGUUAUUAAGCUUGUGUUUUCUGUUAUUUUUGUAAAGUUUAGGAAAAAUUCAAAAUCAGUUUAAGGUGAAAAUAUCGACUUUGAUCUCCACAUAAAUCAGGAUUUACUGUUAUCUCUUUAGGUUUAAUUCGUGACAAGACAUCUCGUAACGCGACAGUUCGUAACGCCGUCAGUCCGUAACGGCGACAGUUCGUAACUGUACAUAUUCCUAAGGGUACAACUCAUAACGUCAAAAUUUAAUUAUUCUGUUUAUUUUUGUUGACGUGGAAACUAACUUUUCUACUCUUUAGUUGCCAUAUUAACAAGAAUAUAAUAUACAAAAAUAUGUGUGAAAUAUAUUUAAAAACAAGUGGUCUUAAAAAAGUAUCCUUACAUUUAGUAUAGGAAUGUAUUCAAAAUGCAUUUUUGUAUAAAUUCAGUAAUACUAAAUUUGCUAAAAAAAAUAAAUGUUGGCGUUAUGCAUUGUAUCGUUACGAACUGUCGCCGUUACGAAUUGAUGGCGUUACGAAUUGUGGGGUUACGAACUGUCGCGUUACGAGAUGUCUUGUCACGGUUUUAAUUACAAUGUUCAUGUAUAAAAUGGGCGGAACAUCAAAACUGAACUUUUAACUCAGUCUACUCAAAAAAUAAAUGUAAAUAAAACCUUUGUACAAUGGAUGGACUAUUUAAUGACAAUUACGUGUUAGUGAAUGGAAUUCGAAAUUCUGGAUUGGUUUACCACUGUCUAUAUUAAUAUUCUUCAUUAUCCUUAUUAUUCUUGGCUCUAAAAAAAUAUGUGUGUUCCCUUUCCACUUCUUGCUAGUUUUCUUUGGUUGUCUACUUUGGUACUUAUAAUAUUCUUAGGUUUCCUCCAUUUUGGUCUUUACAUCUUGCUCUAGACCUCUAGAUCUACAUAUAUCUUCUUCUUUCAGUACUCCGAUUAUCCAACGUUGGCUCAUAUUGGCAAUAACAACUUUGUUUAAGGCAGUUCGAAACAGAUUAGCCGAUGACUCUUGAUACAACUCGCGAAGAUUUCGGAGUCAGGAUGUUUUUCUUCAGCCUGGGCGUCUUCUUCCCGCGAUCUUGCCCUGUAUUCUGAGGUGUAGAAGGUUAUACCUCUCUGGAUGUCUCAAUAUAUGGCCGAAAUUUUGUAACUUUCGAAGUUUUAUUGUUUUCGUUAUUUAUGUGCUCUUCUUUUCUUCCCUUCAUCAUCUCCUGGUUUGCUCUUCUGCACCAUUCCCCGUUAGCCUCCUUUAUACCACCAAAAAUAUUUCUCAAGAUUUCACUUUACCAAGUCUCUAGUUUUUUCUUUCUUUCUGGUCCAUUGUCCAAGUUUCACAUCCAUACAACACCGUUGGUCUCAAUAUUAUUUCAUAAGUUAGAAUCUUAGCUGCUCUUACCUAACACGUUUUUUGCUUCAACAGUGCAUUUAAUGAUCCUAUUGCUUGCUACUUUUCAACAACCAUUUAUCUAUUUCUCUCUUCGCAUCCUUUAUUUGUAACUGUUACUUCAAGGUACUUAAAUUCUGUUACGUUCUCAAAUUUAUACUCUCAUACAUCCUUAGAGUGACCAUUUAUUUUCUUCUGCAUUUUCCCCUCUCACUUCCAUAUAUUAUUUACUUGGUUUUUUCUUAAUUUACAGUCAGACCAUAUUUUCUCGCCUCUUCUUCAAAUUUUGUGAACAUUUUUCUAAGUUCUAUUCUUGAACGUGUCAGAAACACCAAGUCCUAGAAGUCCUUUAGUUCAGAAUCGUGCCGCUUGUCUGGAUCUUGGCUCCUCUAAUUAUCUUUUCUAGUACCUACUAUGUUGAAUAAGUCUGUUGACAGAGGGUCUCCCUGUUUUAAUCCUCGAUUGACGUUAAACUGAUUUGAAAAAAAUAAAUAAAUAUAAAAAUAAAUGAUGGUUUUGCUUGUUUUCGAUCCAGAGGGUUGCACACCAGCUAGACAGGCUGUUUCUACCAUUUCAGGCGUCCUCAGUAGCUUUCGAUAGUGUGCCUACCUCUGGACCGAAAAACAGCUCCACCAUCAUUUUAAAGGGAAUCUGAAAAAUAAUUUAAAUUUCCCAUCAGACGCAAUACAGCGACAUCUACUAACAAAUUAAAGAAUCUCAGAUGCAGAAUCCACCAAUUUAAUAAGAAUUAAAAAUGGUAGAUAGUAUUUUAAAACUGAGAUUUUUCAUGUUGAAAGUUCUUACUGGUACAUCCUUAAUCUGCGACUUUUUCAAUUAAUAAGACAGCAGACGACGAAUAUAGAAAACGAAAGGGAAACGAUCACAUUUCGCUUUCAUUCGUCUAGGAAAAACGGACAGCAGAGGAACUUUCAGUACUCAAAUCCGAGUAAAGGAAAUAAAAAUAAAUGAUGGUUUUGCUUGUUUUCGAUCCAGAGGGUUGCACACCAGCUAGACAGGCUGUUUCUACCAUUUCAGGCGUCCUCAGUAGCUUUCGAUAGUGUGCCUACCUCUGGACCGAAAAACAGCUCCACCAUCAUUUUAAAGGGAAUCUGAAAAUUGC